ACUUGACGUUUGGGCGGAUUGUCAUCCAACUUUUUCUUGGUGAUUUGUAUCAAUGCCGGCUCCAAAGCGGUUGCGAGAGUUGGUGAGAGACAUUAGAUCUGCUCGAACUGCUGCUGAAGAACGGGCAAUUGUAAACAGGGAGUGUGCUUUAAUUAGAGAUAGUUUUCGGGAAGAAAAUAACACUUACAGAUGUCGUAAUGUGGCCAAAUUGUUAUACAUUCACAUGUUGGGUUACCCAGCACAUUUCGGUCAGCUCGAAUGCUUAAAACUGGUUGCUUCUCCACGUUUCACCGAUAAAAGAGUUGGUUAUUUGGGCGCAAUGCUUCUACUUGAUGAACGAACUGAUGUACACCUUCUAGUUACAAAUUCCUUAAAAAAUGAUUUAAAUCAUCCUACUCCAUAUGUUGUUAGUUUGGCUCUAUGCACUUUGGGAAGUAUAUGCUCUGCUGAAAUGAGCAGAGAUCUAGCCGGUGAAGUUGAGCGACUAAUACGAUCAUCAAAUGCUUACAUAAAAAAGAAGGCGGCAUUAUGUGCCUUUCAAAUAAUCCGAAAGGUACCUGAUCUCAUGGAAAUGUUUAUACCAUGUACACGUUCUCUUCUUUCCGAAAAAAAUCAUGGAGUCUUAUUGGCUACCAUUUGUUUAAUUCAAGAAAUGUGUGAACGUAGUCCGGAUACUUUGAAUUACUUUCGCAAGCAAUUAGUUCCAACACUAGUACGUACUUUGAAGAAUCUCAUUAUGACGGGUUAUUCCCCUGAUCACGACGUUAAUAAAAUAAGUGACCCAUUUCUGCAGGUGAAAAUACUGAGGCUCAUGCGUGUUCUAGGUCAUGGUGAUAAAGCUGCCAGUGAAGCAAUGAAUGAUAUUCUAGCUCAAGUUGCUACAAAUACUGAGACGAGUAAAAAUGUUGGUCAUGCGAUUCUCUAUGAAAUCGUGUUAACAAUAAUGGGAAUAGAAUCAGAUCCAGGAUUGCGAGUUCUUGCCAUAAAUAUUUUGGGUCGGUUUCUACUAAAUACUGACAAAGACAUUCGCUACGUCGCUCUCAAUACUUUGUUGAGAGUUGUGCAUGCUGAUUCUAAAGCUGUACAGAGACACAGAUUGACAAUAUUGGACUGUUUGAAGGAUCCUGAUGUUUCGAUACAAAGGCGUGCUAUCGAUUUAUGCUUUGCAUUAACAAAUCAUACGAAUGUUUGUUCAAUGGCCAAGGAACUUCUAUUUUAUUUACAAAGUUGUGAUAAUGAAUUCAGAGGAGAUGUUUGUUCAAAUAUCUCAAUAGCAGCCGAGAAAUAUGCUCCAAAUAAAAGGUGGCAUGUAGACACCAUGAUGAAAUUGUUAACCACCGCUGGAAACUAUGCUCGGGAUGAUGUCGUCUCAUCUCUGGUUAGCCUGAUUUCUCAAAAUCCUAGUCUACAUGCGUACGCUACCGUUCAGCUAUUCAGUGCUAUGAAUGGAGCCAUGUCUCAACAACCUUUGGUUCAGGUAGCGUGUUGGACAAUCGGGGAAUAUGGUGAUUUGUUGGUUUCGCCGGAACCUUCUGAAGAUAUUCCGAACCCAGUUACUGAAUUAGAAUUGAUUGCUGUGUUACAGCGUGCUCUAGUUAGUGUGACAUCGACAGUGCAAACAAAACAAAUGGUUGUAAACACACUUGUUAAACUAACCACCCGUUUUACUCCAACACAUUUAGAAAAACUAAAAGAGCUCAUUAGGUUUUAUUCGACUAAUGUGAAUCUGGAGCUGCAACAGCGUUCUGUUGAAUACAGCAAAAUUUGCUCGCAACCUUUAAGUAUUCGUAGUGGUUUGCUUGAUUGUAUGCCAGUACUACCAACAAAUGCUUUGUCUGGAACUUCGAAUCCAGAUAACCUGAGUCGUGGAAUUAAUGAAGGUGAUGGUGUCGAAACUGAAGAAGGUAACAUAGGAGCUGCAAAAACUCUGUCAGUUAAUGGCUCAACUAAUCAAUCUCAGUCGCUUACCAUUUUCGAUUUAUUGGGUCCAGAAAGCGAAUCGGAUUCUCACAUGAUCUACUCUUUCUUCUUUGGAAACUUGUUGGAUUAUCAUUUCUGCAUCAAGUUUUAAUUUCAUAGUUCAGGCAUAAAACAGAAUCUCAGGAUGAACAGAUAGAAUUUCACUCCUUUUGAUGACCUACUUGUGCUUCGUUCAUCUUUUAUUGUAAUAGCUCAAAACGCAACCACGAAUCAUUCUGAUACUGGGACUAAUUUACUAGAUCUUCUUGAUGUAUUUGCUCCAUCUGAAAUGACAGUGUCUAGCAAUACUCAAAAUGCAACAGGAUUUUCAAGUGAUUUAUUUGGCACUAAAAAUGGUUUUGGUGCCCCUAUUAUUCAGCCUGCUCCUCAGCCUUCUGUCUUGGAUUUCAACUUUGUCAAUGAUUCUGGUCCAGGUUUGACAAAUCAAGUCCCGUCAGUUCCUUCCAUCACGAUAUACAAUUCGAAUGAGAUAAGAAUUGUAUUCAACUUCGUGCCUUCCGCUGUAUUAGAUGGUCAUUUUAACAUAAUUACUAUCCAGUUAGUGGCAACUACUACGAGUCUUCAGCCAAUUGAUUCUUUUGAAUUCCAGGCUGCUGUGCCCAAAUCUUGCCAGUUACAGCUUUUUCCACCAUCAUCUAGUUCUAUUUUAUGUGGCCCUAACUCUACUCCACUAACACAAGUGUUGAAGCUUAGCGUUCCACCGAAGGUACGUCCACGUAUGAAGAUUCGUUUGCAGUUUGUCAAAAACGGUGAGACAAAAACGGAUGAGUUUCAACUCGACGAGUUCCCACAAGUAUUGUGGCAGUAAUAUUUGGAUAAUUCUCUAUGAACUAAACAAAACCAUUCAUGAACCCUCAAGUCUAACCCAAAAUAAAUGGGGAGUUAAUCUUAUUCUGGCUGUGCUUAAUCGUGUAUUUCUGCGAAAAUAAUUAAUAUGUUGUUUUUUGUUUGUAUAGAAUGUUAUGUGUACCCAAGACUGUUUAUUGAAACUGCCACAGUGCCUCGAUUGUUUCUUGUUAUCAAUUUUCCACCAGCUCCACAUCAUAAUAUCAUGUAACUCGAAUUUUUGCAUAUCGUUCCGGCAAGAGUAACAAAUAAACGCGAUAUGCAAAUUUUCACUGUCUUGCUACUUCUGAUCUUGGGAUAAAUUUGAUUUCUUUUAUCUUUGAUACACUUGUUUUUGUUUAUGUCAAAAUCUCAUGUUUUUGCAUCUUAUUUGUCUGUUUCAUCAUGUUUAAUGGUUUCUUUUGUAUCAGAAGUAUUUUAUUUUAACUGACAGUUACAGGUGUGCGUACAAUUAAUAUUUCAACAUUCCGACUGUUUUCAUGAUCAGAUGUAACAGACUAUUCCUUUGGGUAAAAUAAAGAUUGACUGAUCGACUACUUUUCUGAAAAGUAUCAGUUUGAAUCGGAAUUCAUUGUCAGUUACUCUCAUGAAUUCUAUUGUGUUUGCUGAUAAAACUUUCCAUGUUGAAUCAGACUUUCUUUUAUGCACGAAUAAUAUUUUGAAUUCUCCGUAUUAUAGUCUUGUUUUUUCUGUGAUGCAAUUAUUCUGUUCAUUAUUUUACAAUUAAUUGGUUUAAAAAGGUAUAUUAUUGUGAAACGUAAAGUUCAAUAUAGGUGUUCAUUCUGUUUUUUCAAUUAUAUUGUUUGCAUGGAAUUACACCUUGUAGUUAUGAGUUUA